CUCGGGGCGAGUCUUGCAGUGGGGCUGUGCAGCCGCCGUGGAGCGGUGCAGUGCGCUGCUCUCCUCGGGCUCGGAGGGGCGUGCAGUUUGCUGCAGUCCCCAGCACUCACAUUUGCCCCACUUUCACAGAGGACCUAUUGCCGUUAAUCAUUGGGUGUUUUUUCUUAAAACUGCUGCUUCACUCAACUACAUGGUAGCCUAAGAGAAGAUGGGAAAGGGCUGUAAAGUUGUGGUUUGUGGCUUGUUAUCUGUGGGAAAAACAGCAAUUUUGGAGCAGCUCCUUUAUGGGAAUCAUACUGUUGGAAUGGAAGACUGUGAAACAAUGGAAGAUGUGUAUAUGGCCUCAGUGGAAACGGAUCGCGGAGUAAAGGAGCAGUUACAUCUUUAUGACACCAGAGGCCUACAGGAGGGUGUGGAGCUGCCAAAGCAUUAUUUUUCAUUUGCUGAUGGCUUUGUUCUUGUGUACAGCGUGAAUAACCUUGAAUCCUUUCAAAGAGUAGAGCUUCUGAAGAAAGAAAUUGAUAAGUUCAAAGACAAAAAAGAGGUGGCAAUUGUUGUAUUAGGAAACAAAAUUGAUCUUUCUGAGCAAAGACAGGUGGACGCAGAAGUGGCACAACAGUGGGCCAGGAGCGAGAAGGUGCGGCUGUGGGAGGUGACAGUCACGGACCGGAAAACUCUGAUCGAGCCGUUCACUCUGUUAGCCAGCAAACUCUCCCAGCCCCAGAGCAAAUCAAGCUUCCCUCUGCCUGGGAGGAAGAACAAAGGGAACUCCAGCUCUGAGAACUAAAAAGUGGAAUGUCACAAUCAUUUGCUGAAUAGUGACUGCCUUUAGGUAUCUGUGAACAAACAUAUUUAAAACAGGACAUGUCUACCUUUGGUCUUUAGAAAAUCCCUAGGGAAUUAAUUUAAUGCACUUUAGCUAAUUAAGUUAUUAUUGCCUGAUAUGAAAUACUAUACUAGCAUUCUCAUUGUUUGAAACUUGUCCCUGAAACCAGCACCUUUGUUACAUUUAUGUUGAACUUGUCAAAAGAAUAAAGUUUGAGUGGUAUGCAAAUAUA